AUCCUCUAUUACUGUCACCCCUAGAACAGGUGCCUCAGCUUGCUGCCCGGCUGCCCAGCACCGGAGUGAGCAUGCCCACGUGUUGGCCGGGCCCCCACCGGAGGAGACAGAGCCGCCGGGACUCCUGGAUCCCAGCUUAGGUCCACCGGCUCUGUACUGUACCAGGGUUCCUGGGGACGCCGUUCCGCCGGUUUUCUGUCGAGCCUGGUCACCCGGAAGCUGGGCGUGACUCCUCCCCCUGGUCUCCUCCGUCCCCGCCAGGCGGCGCCGUUUCCUCAAUCCGGUUUUCCGUGUGGCUGCUUGUCUAUUGGCACCCUAGGAAUGUUGAGAUAGUCUGAAGGGAUUAUUCGUUGAAAUGAAAUGACAGAGAACAAUCUACCUACCAACUGGAAUAGUCUUCUUUGUAGACUGUGGUUUGACAGCAUUAGAUCUCCUGGUUGUAUAUGCACAGGAUUCUGUGCUCACGCCAAGAGCCUGAAUCAGUGGGUGUAGCGUCGGCUCCAGGUUGAGAUCAGUCUCAGCAUCUCUCCCUCAGAUGGUAUGACUGGUAGAAACAGCUGGAAUGAGUUGGCUGAUGCAGAAGGUCUCCGUGCUCCUCUUCUUAGCCUGGGUCAGUUUUCUUUUUUAUGCUGGCAUUGCACUCUUCACCAGUGGCUUCCUUCUCACCCGCUUGGAGCUCACCAACCAAAGCAGCUGCCAAGAGCCCCCAGGUCCUGGUUCGCUGCCAUGGGGGAGCCAAGGAAAGCCUGGGGCCUGCUGGAUGCCUUCCCGAUUCUCCAGGGUUGUGUUGGUGCUGAUAGACGCUCUGCGAUUUGACUUUGCCCAGCCCCAACGCUCACGUGUACCUGGGGAACCUCCUGUCUCCGUGCCUUUUCUGGGAAAAUUAGGCUCCUUGCAGAGGAUCCUAGAGACUCAACCCCACCAUGCCCGGCUAUACCAAUCUCAGGUGGAUCCCCCCACGACCACCAUGCAGCGUCUCAAGGCUCUCACCACUGGCUCAUUGCCUACCUUUAUUGAUGCUGGCAGUAACUUUGCCAGCCAUGCUAUAGUGGAAGAUAACCUCAUUAAGCAGCUCACCAGUGCAGGAAGGCGUAUAGUUUUCAUGGGAGAUGAUACCUGGAAAGACCUUUUUCCUGGAGCUUUUUCUCAAGCUUUCUUCUUCUCAUCCUUCAAUGUGAGAGACCUUCACACAGUGGAUAAUGGCAUCCUAGAACACCUCUAUCCUACCAUGGACAGUGGCGAAUGGGAUGUGCUGAUUGCUCACUUCCUGGGUGUGGAUCAUUGUGGUCACAAGCAUGGCCCUAACCACCCUGAAAUGGCCAAGAAACUUAGCCAGAUGGACCAGGUGAUCCAGGGACUCAUUGAACGUCUGGAGAAUGACACACUGCUGGUGGUAGCUGGUGACCAUGGGAUGACUAUGAAUGGGGACCAUGGAGGAGACAGUGAGCUGGAGGUCUCAGCUGCACUGUUCCUAUACAGUCCCACAGCCCUCUUCUCCACUGUCCCACCAGAGGAGCCAGAGGUUAUUCCUCAAGUCAGCCUUGUGCCCACACUGGCACUGUUGCUAGGCCUGCCCAUCCCAUUUGGGAACAUUGGGGAAGUGAUGGCUGAGCUGUUCUCAGGUGGCAGUGACUCCCAUCCUCAGGCCUCUGCUCUAGCCCAAGUCUCAGCUCUCCAUAUCAAUGCCCAGCAGGUGUCCCGAUUUCUUCAUACUUACUCAGCUGCUACUCAGGAUCUCCAGGUUAAAGAGCUCCAUCAGCUGCAGAAGCUCUUCACCAAGGCCUCUGCUAGCUACCAACAGCUUCUGCAGAAUCCCCAAGAGGCUGAGGCAUCCCUAAGGACUUUGACUGCUGAAUUGCAGCAGUUCCUGCGGGGAGCUCGGGCCAUAUGCAUCGAGUCUUGGGCCCGUUUCUCUCUGAGCUUCCUUCUCCUGCAUCUGCUUGCUGCUGGGACAUCAGUCGCCACCACGGGUCCUUUUAUUGUGCUGUGGCAGGCAGUCUCAGCUUGGGCCCUUUUGGCCACCCAGACCUUCUACUCCACUGGCCACCAACCUGUCUUCUCAGCCAUCCAUUGGCAUGCAGCCUUCGUGGGAUUUCCAGAAGGUCAUGGCUCUUCUACUUGGUUGCCUGCUUUACUAGUGGGAGCUAACACCUUUGCCUCCCACAUCCUCUUUGCAGUAGGUUGUCCACUGCUCCUGCUCUGGCCCUUCCUGUGUGAGAGUCAAGGGCCAAGGAAGAGGCAGCAGCUCCCAGGGAGUGAGGCUGAGGCCAGAGCCAGUCCUGAGGAGGAACAAGAGGAGCCACUGAUGGAGAUGCGCCUCCGGGAUGCUCCACAUCAUUUCAACGCAGCCCUGUUACAGCUGGGCCUCAAGUACCUCUUUGUCCUUGGAGUUCAGAUUCUAGCCUGUGCCUUGGCAGCUUCCAUCCUCCGAAGGCAUCUCAUGGUCUGGAAGGUGUUUGCCCCCAAGUUCAUCUUUGAAGCCAUUGGUUUCAUUGUGAGCAGUGUGGGACUUCUCCUGGGCAUAGCUUUGGUGAUGCGAGUAGAUGGCGCUGUGAGUUCCUGGUUCAGAAGACUAGUUCUGGCCCAGCAGAGGUAGCCCAGGCUGAGCAUGUCAGCACCUGGCCAUGGAGAGAGCUGGAGAAUCCUCUGGCCUGACCUGUACUGGUGCUGGAUAUUCUGCAAGAGAGACUCAGACACACCCCUUACCACUGUGUAACCAGAGACUGCUUACCCUGGGACUUCACCAUUUUAUAAUUCAGAAUCUCUGUGGAGCCUGAGCCCUAGCUCCUUAUGUGGAUGCAUCUGAUGGACAAGAGGGGCGGUCACCAAAGUGAAAUAAAAUAACAACGUAAAUGUGUGUGUCUAAGACA